GGGUAGGGGAGAGAGGUAGACUUUCAGUUCUAGCCUACAGUCACACAGUGAAACAGUAGACGUCCCCUUAUGCAUUUUUAACAGCUCAGCAGGUGAUGGGAACAGUUUGGUUGGGACAGUUUGUCCACAGAUAGAGUGAUCAGCUGUGGAUGACAUCCCUCGUCAUUUGCUUGGUAUAAAAGGACUCUUUCUCCCUUUUUUACUACCACCACAUUCUGCUCACCUUUGACACUGCAUGUGAAAAGAAAGAGGUGGUGCAACCUUCCCAGUUUAAGGUGCAAACCGCUUGGCUUUCAUUUCUUUGGGAAGCCCUACUAUCUGUCUCAGGUGAAGUGGUCGGAAAUUCUGAGGUGUACCAGUAAAAUAGGAUGCCCGGAGCCAGUGGCGUCAACGUUGAGGGCUCUUGUGAGGCCCUGUGCCGAACCCUGGUCUCCCAGAACGGACUCCAGAGAGAGACAGCCGACAUCUCCCAGUCUGUCCUCUACACCUCACUGAUGGGCCUGCUUCUGGUUGCUGACAACGAGAAAAAACAGCUCACCAUAGGAAGUGGAAGGGUUGGCCUUAGAAACAUAGGAAACACAUGUUUCCUAAACGCAGUAGUCCAAUGUUUGUCUCACACACGUGGCCUACGGGACUACAGCCUCCUUAUGUCCUACAGGGAUGAGAAGUUCUCCAAAGAGGAGGCUAAGCUCAUGGAAGGUAUGUUCCUACUGUUCCCUCCUCUUGCUAUUAUGUUUUCAUCUUUUCUAAUUGCUCCCUGUCUUCUUGUGCUAGCUUUCUCUCAGGUGCUGUCAGGCCUUUGGGACGUAAAUGAAGGGGACACAGUUGUAAAUCCACGACAGUUUUACAAUAUAUUUAAAGAAGCAGUGCCUUACUUCAGUGGAUACAGUCAACAGGAUGCGCAGGAGUUCCUCAGGUUCCUAUUGGACAAGCUGCACACAGAAAUCAACCGCAGACCCUACGUUCGACGAACAGGGAAGGAGCCCGUACAAAAAUUUGCCAGAUUUCGGAUUUCGGAAGAGGCAGCUGCCAUGUGGAAGAAGCACUUAGAGAGAGAUGACAGCAGAAUAGUAGACCUGUUCUCGGGCCAGCUGAGGAGCUCGCUGCAUUGCUCAGUGUGCUCCCACUACUCCAACACAUUCGAUGUGUUCUGCGAUCUGUCGCUGCCCAUCCCCAAGAGAAGCUCUGCUGGGCAGGUCACGCUGAGGGAGUGCCUGGAGCUCUUCUCUCAGGAGGAGAAACUGGACAAGGAGAAUUCACCAAUGUGCGAGAGGUGUAACAGGCAUACAGAGUGCACCAAGCGACUUUCCAUCCAGAGGUUUCCCCAGGUUAUUGUGAUCCAUCUGAACCGCUUUACGACGUCACGGUGGUCCAUCAGUAAAAGCACAGUGUAUGUGUCCUUCCCAAUCACUAACCUGGACCUGGGACGCUACGGGCCUGUCGACUGUGGCCCAGUUCUGUAUGAUUUAUAUGCAAUAUGUAACCACGCUGGGACGGUAAACAUGGGCCACUACACAGCCUGCUGUUCAGAUGAAAAUGGGUGGUGCUUCUACAAUGACUCCAGUGUGACUGCAGUCUCAGAGAACCAGCUUCAGACCAACCAAGCCUAUGUGCUGUUCUACCAGCGCAGCAACAGCACCGCCGCCAUCAGGAAAUAGACCCGAGACUGGCUGAGCCAAGCAGCCAAUCAGAGCAACUUUACCUCCAGUGUCCAUAGAAACAAAUAGAAGCAGCAGUGCUGUAACUCUGACAUGAACAGCUCAGUCUCAAUAAGCAUGCCCUCAAAUAAACUGAGGAGGAGAGAGAAGCCAUGCUCACUUUAAGGAGGGCUUGAUGAGGCGACCUCGCCUCCUGAAACAAGGAGAUGCUUUUGAAGAGUCUAACUGAGAGAGCUGAGGCAGCUCAGACGGACUGCAGCCCUCUGUGCCCUUCUUCUCACGCAGGAGUGAGCAGUGUACUUGCACAGAGUUCUUAAUGUUAGAUCAUUGUGAUUCAUGCUUGCGAUGCAACAUAAACCCAAAUAAAUAAUGGGAAAACUCUUUAGUGGGAUAUAAAUUAGCCAACAUUUGAUGACUCAAUUGUGACAGACCUUUCAUUUUAAAAUGACCUUUCAUCAGUUUUGUGAAAAUGUACAGUAGGCUACUUUAAUUCAAUGUGUAAAUAUCUGUAGGUUAUGCUAUAGGCUACGUUUGUCUCUUUAUCUUUAUCUCUCCUCAUGGACAGUUUACCCUGAAACUUGAAAACAUAACAAUGGGCUAUAUUUUUCAUCUAACUGAAUUGUAAUUUCUAUAUAUAUAUUCAUAUGUGUAUGUACAUAUUUUUUACACAAUUGAAUGUAGCCUAUUGCAUUAUUGAUAUUUAAAACCGUCAAUAAAAGAUCAAUGAAAAAGUC